AUCUCCUUCUUCAGCUUUAACUGGACCCCAAAGCAAUGUUUCCUUCAGUUAUGUUUGUGAUCCACUUAGAUUUGAGGCCUUAGGGCUGGAUGUGUCUAAGUUUGCAUUUUGUAAUAAGUCACUUUCGUAUAUUGUAAGGGCUAAGGAUUUGAUUGAUAGGAUGACACUAGCAGAGAAGGGAAGGCAACUUGGAAAUCUUGCUGAUGGGGUACCUCGGUUGGGAUUACCCACGUAUGAAUGGUGGUCUGAAGCUCUCCAUGGUGUGUCUAAACAAGGCCCUGGUGUCCACUUUGACAAUGCUGUUCCUUCUGCAACUAACUUCCCAGCUGUUAUUCUCAUGGCAGCAUCUUUUAAUCAGUCUCUUUGGAAGAAUGCAGGCCAGAUUGUUUCAACAGAAGCAAGAGCUAUGUAUAAUUUAGGGAAUGCUGGUUUGACUUAUUGGAGUCCAACUAUCAAUGUGGUAAGGGAUCCUAGAUGGGGAAGAAUUACUGAAACACCAGGUGAAGAUCCUUUUGUUGUUGGUACUUAUGCUGCAAACUAUGUGAGAGGUUUGCAAGAUAUUGAAGGUGAAGAGAUUCCCAAGGACUUAAAUUCUAGGCCUCUCAAGGUUGCUGCAUGUUGUAAACACUACACAGCUUAUGAUGUUGAUCAUUGGUUGGAAGUUGAUCGUGAAUAUUAUGAUGCCAAGGUUUCUCAACAAGACAUAGUCGAAACAUUUUCUCGUCCCUUUGAGAUGUGUGUUCGCGAUGGGGAUGUUAGUAGUGUUAUGUGUUCUUAUAACCGCGUUAAUGGUAUUCCUACAUGUGCUGAUCCAAAGCUUCUUAAAGAGACCAUAAGAGAUGAAUGGGGUCUAAAUGGGUAUAUUGUUUCUGAUUGUGACUCAAUUUCAUCAAUGGUUGAUAAACAAAAAUGGUUAGGUUAUGGCUAUGAGGAUGCUGUUGCACAAGUGCUAAGAUCAGGAUUGGAUUUGGAUUGUGGAGUUUCCUACCCCAAUAACCUUGAGAAUGCUACAUUGAGUGGAAAAAUUAGAGAAGGAGACCUAGACAAGGCUUUGAACAAUAUCUAUGUUGUGCUUAUGAGGCUUGGUUUCUUUGAUGGCAGUAGUACUUCCCUUACAUCUCUUGCAAAGGACAAUAUCUGUGCUGAUGAACACAUUGAGUUAUCUGCUGAGGCUGCAAGGGAAGGAAUUGUAUUACUUAAGAAUGUGAACUCUACAUUGCCUUUGAACUAUAAUAAGUUCAAGAAUAUUGCAUUGGUAGGACCACAUGCCAAUGCUACCACUGACAUGCUAGGAACCUACAUAGGUGUUCCCUGCAAGGUUACCUCUCCCUUAAUGGGUUUCUCUUCAUUUGCAAAUGUGAGUUAUGCAAUUGGAUGUGCUGAUGUUCAAUGCAAAAAUGAGAGCAUGAUAUUUCCAGCCGUGGAAGCUGCAAAGAAUGCAGAUGCUACAAUUAUUGUGGUUGGAUUGAAUACAGAGAUUGAGGAUGAGGGUUUGGAUAGACUUGACUUAAACCUUCCUGGUUAUCAAAAUCAAUUAAUCAAACAAGUUACUGAUGUCUCCACAGGUCCAGUACUUCUUGUUAUAAUGUCUGCUGGUGGUGUUGAUAUUUCUUUUGCUAAGAGUAAUGAUUCCAAAAUAAAUUCCAUCCUUUGGGCUGGUUAUCCUGGUGAGGAAGGUGGUCGUGCCAUCGCGGAAACCGUCUUUGGAAAAUAUAAUCCUGGAGGAAAGUUACCAAUUACAUGGUAUGAAAAUGGCUACAUUGACAUGCUACCCAUGACAUCUAUGCCAUUGAGGCCAGUUGAUGAGUUAGGUUACCCAGGAAGGACUUACAAGUUCUUCAAUGGCUCCACUGUGUAUCCAUUUAGUUAUGGUCUCAGCUACACCCAAUUCAUCUACAAUAUACACUCUGCUCGAAGAUCUCUUGAUAUAACAUUGAACAAGAACCAGCAUUGUCGUCGCCUUAGCUAUGGAGAUGAUGUGAGCAGGCCCUUAUGUGAAGGUGUUCUAAUUGAUGAUUUGAACUGCUCUGAAAUGGAAUUUGAUUUUGAGAUUGAAGUCCAAAAUGUUGGGAAGAGGGAUGGUAGUGAUGUUCUUAUCAUCUACUCAGUUCCUCCGGCCGGCAUUGAAGGUAGUCAUUCUAAGCAAGUGAUUGGGUUCCAAAGGGUCUUUGUGCCUGCUGGCCUGAGCAAGAAUUUAAAAUUUGUGUUCAAUGCUUGCAAGAGCUUAAUGUUGGUUGAGAAGAAUAGUUACACUUUGCUCCCAUCUGGUGCACACAUGAUCAUGGUAGGAGAUGGAUCAGCUUCUUUUACUCUUCAAGUUGGUCUCCAUACAAAUGGUCAAGUGUAAUGAUGGUUGUAGCCUUC